CUCCCUUGGCUCGACCAUUUCGACCGCAACUCCAGACUCUUGAUCACGAUAAAGGUCAAAUUCCUCGCAGGGUCACCGCAGCCGCGCGUGCUCGCUGUCGUCGACAUCUUCCCGACGUUCCCUCGCUCGAAAUUACAGGCUACCUAUCCGUAGGUACCAUACAGGAGGGCCUUGGCCGGCCGCAAUCCUACGCGCAAGCGGGCAUACCUACAGUGCUUGCUUCAGCGGCUACCCCUUGCUUCAGGAGCACCCGUACACUCUAGAAGAGCUUCCAUCCUCGUUCACCUUCUGCCCGGCAGCCGCAGCGCCGCACCCCCGUCACCCGUCACCAACCCAGCGUCACCCGCUCUCACACGCUGCUGCCGCCGCCGCCGCCGCCGCUCGCUCCUUGAUUCCAUUUCCUACCGGACACACACACACCCCCCCUUCCCCGGCAGAACCAAGACUUGUGAUACCACACCACCAGCCACCAUUCGCACCACGGCGCCUUUCGUUUUCCCCAAUUCCUUUCUUCGCAACAGCAACUCCCUUGCGUCGGUUCAUGUCGGCUGCCAUCCAAAGGGCAUCAUACGAGCAGAUUUCCCGCAGCAGCCAUGGGCUUCCUCGGCGUCUAUAGGGCCAUUUACGAUUACACGCCCCAGGGCGAGGGCGAGUUGACAAUCUCCGAGGGCGACAUUCUCUAUGUGUUGGAAAAGAGUCAGGAGGACGAUUGGUGGAAGGCGAAGAAGAAGGCCAAUGCUGCCGACGAUGACGAGCCCGUCGGCUUGAUCCCCAACAACUACAUUGAGGAGGCGAAACCCGUAUCAUACGCUCGCGCGCUCUACGAGUACACGCGUCAGACCGACGAAGAGCUCUCCUUCCCCGAGGAUGCGCAGCUCUCAGUCUUCGACACUUCCGACCCCGAUUGGAUCCUUGUUGGCCACGAUGGCGACUACGGCUUCGCGCCCGCCAACUACAUCGAGUUGGGCGAUGGCCAGGCUGGCCAGGUCGAGGAGGAGGAAGAAGCGACUGCCCCCCCUCCUCCUCUUCCGCAGAGGACACCCAGCGUCAGCGUCGAUGUAGCCAGCCCGCCCCUGCCCGCCAGGAGUGUGCCCUCCGAGCCAAGCACCCCUGUCGCCGCUUCCAACCCUGCUGCCGCCGCCAUCGCCGGAGUUAUGGCCAACCGCUCUUCUUUCCAACCUCCAGCGCCUAUCAGUGUUCCCCAGCCCCAGCGACAGUCAUACGCUUCGGAAGAUUACGAAAAUGAGGUAAGGUCCCCGCCGCUUCCGAGCCGCCCGCGGGGCGAUUCGCAAAUUGCUCCGGAGCAAAAAUCCUACAGACCGGUGCCGCCGCCCGCUCAGUCAGCAGCCCACGACACCGACGACUAUGGCAUUAGCCCGCGAACCUCCCAGGCUCCUCCUCCUCAGACCGCCGCGCUUACCCCUGGCGGUUUCCACAUGUACAACAUCAACGAGAUGACGUCGGUGAUGGGCAAGAAGAAGAAGAUGCCUACCACGCUGGGCAUCAACCUGAGGACGGGAAUGAUUCUCAUAGCGCCGGAACAUUCCCACGACGGUCCAUCGCAGGAAUGGCGGGCCGAUUGCAUGACACACUACUCUCGGGAGGGCAAGCACGUGUUUAUGGAGCUCGUACGACCAAGCAAGAGCGUUGACUUUCAUGCGGGCGCCAAGGACACCGCUGAAGAGAUCGUCGCGAUGCUGGGCGACAUGGCCGGAACUGUGCGCCUCGAGGGACUCAAGGAGAUCAUUGCCGCGGGAGCCGGAGGCAAGAAGAAGAAGGGUGCUGUGCUGUAUGAUUUUAUGGCUCAGGGUGAGGACGAGGUUACUGUCGGCGUUGGUGAUGAGGUAGUUAUUCUCGACGAUACCAAGAGUGACGAGUGGUGGAUGGUGCGUCGCGUCAAGAACGGCAAGGAGGGUGUGGUUCCCAGCAGCUACAUUGAGAUCAACGGCGUGUGGGAAGAGCCGGAGACGGCCGUUACCGGUAUUGCCGUGGGCAUGUCGGAAGUCGAGAAGAACCGCCUGGAAGAGGCGCGCUUAACCAAGGAGGCUAUCAAGGCUGCCCAGCGCGAGGAAGAGAAGGAGAAGCAGAAGAGGAACUCUGAGCGAAGCAGUAGGCGCGAACCCGGUCAGAACAGCAGCUCCAAGUCGUCAAGCAAGUCGAAGCCCGAUCCUUCCAAAGUGCGAACAUGGACCGAUCGAUCCAAGUCCUUCAGCGUUGAGGCCCAGUUCCUCGGUGUCAAGGAUGGCAAGAUCAGGCUCCACAAGAUGAACGGUGUGCAGAUCGCCGUGCCCGUCUCGAAGAUGUCAGUUGAGGAUCUCGAGUACGUGGAGCGCGUAACUGGCGAAUCUCUCGACGAAGACAAGCCCCUAUCCGAUCUUAGGAACAAGCGAUCCGCCGGUGAGUCUUCGAGGUCUAGUCGAUCGACGCGCGACAGGGAAAGAGACCGUGGUUCCAGCUCCCGGGUUGGCGCCACCAUCGAUUCCUCGAAGAAGCCCGACUACGACUGGUUUAACUUCUUCCUUGGUUGUGACAUACAGGUUGGUUUGUGCGAACGGUAUUCUCAAGCUUUCCUGCGGGAGGCUAUCGACGAAAGUGUCUUGCCAGAUGUUGAUGCUACUGUGCUGAGGAACUUGGGCUUGCGUGAAGGUGAUAUUAUCAAGGUCAUGCGGUACCUGGACAACAAGUACAUGCGGAACAAGAAAGGCGAAGAGGGCGAGGGAGGACUCUUCUCUGGGCCAGGAGGUGCGCUCCGCAACAACACGAAGAAGGGCAGGCCGGCGCCCCCCGUCGAGGUCAGCAACACCGUUGAUCCCAACGCUUUCUCUAAGGACUCGGGUGCUGGUAGUGGCAAGUCAUCAUCUCCUACGGCUGCGGCUACGCCAACACCGUCUGCCUCGAAGCCUUCCAGUGGCUUUGAUGAUGAUGCUUGGGAUGUCAAGCCUACCAAGACGAAAACCCCUGAGCCGGCUGCGCAAGCCGUUGCUCCCGCUCCUGCGGCGGCACCCGCUGCCGCUCCAGCCCCUGCUGCGCCAGCUCUGGUUGACGCGCCGGCCCCCCCUCCGCCGGCGGCUCUUACCAAGUCGAUGCAGGAGUUGUCGUUGCUUACCCAGCCUUUGGAACCCGAGAAGGUCGCUCCUCCGCCAGUUGUGCAACCGGCCAUCACGUUGCCUCCGCCCUCCGCGGCUCCAGCUCCGGCUGCUGCUGCUCCUGCACAGGUCCCUCAGCUUACCGGCGCCACUCCCGGCUUCUUCACCGGUAUGCAACCUCCUGCUGUUGGUGCACAGAUCCUUCCUCAAAACAUUGCCCGUCAAAGACCUCUUGCUCCUCAGUUCACUGCGGCCCCGGGUGGUCUUGUUGCUCCACCUCCAUCUCGCCCCCUCUCGGCGCCUCAGUCCGCUCAACCCAGCGCCUUCACGCCACCCCCUAUCCAGCCUCAGAUGACCGGUUUCCAGGCACCCCAGAUUGCUCCUCCUGGCCAGAGCCUCGGCGAUCUCGCCCAGCAACGUCUUCAGCAGCAGUACACCGCCCAGAUGCAGGCCCAGCAACAACAGAUGCAACAGCCUAUGAUGACGGGCAUGCAACCUAUGAUGACGGGCAUGCAGCCCCAGCAGACCGGCUUCGGCCAAUUCCCCCCUCAACAACAACCCUUCAUGCCCCAGCCUACCGGCUUUGGUAUGCAGCAGCAACAACAACCCAUGAUGACAGGCAUGCAGCCCCAGCAAACCGGCUUCGGUCAAUUCCCUCAACAACAGCCGCAACCCUUUAUGCCCCAGCCGACCGGUUACGGUCACGUCGGUGGUGGACUGCCGCCUCCUCUCCAGCCUCAGGCUACGGGCAUGAGCUUCACUCAGGGCUUUGGAAACGGACCCCAGCAGCAUCAGCAGCCGUUGGUGCCGCAGCAGACGGGGCCGGCGCCGCCUGUGAGGUUCGGUAUUAGUGGUGAUGCGAAGAAACUGGCGCCGCAGGCGACGGGGAGGAGAGCCAACUUGGCUGCUGCUACUCCCGAUAACCCGUUCGGUUUCUAAGCUUUCUCCAUACAAUUCAUGUAGGCUUUGUCGGAUUCUUGUGAGUGGUUGAGCGUGCAGUGGUUGGGUUUAGUUUUGUUGCUUGGUUGGGGCUGGUUGUUAAUAGACUGUGCGGACUACCCAAGAAAUGGGUGAUGCAGAGCGAGGUGAAUCUGGAGUGAAGAAGAGAACUCGGUGAAAGGAAACGCAAAUGCGAGCGGAAUUGGGAAGGUUGGUUGGUGGUAAGUUCCAUGGUGGGAAAGGUACCUAGUGAGGUGUGAGGUGUGGUGCAAAGCAUUAGCGAGUUCUCCGAGACAAACAAACACAAUUAGACACACGCCGACGAAACAGAAGGAGAAGAGGAAGAAGAGGCAGUAGAAGCAGUAGAAGCAGCAGCAGCACCGCGGAUCGCAUAGCAUCGUUGCAAUCUUUUUUUUUAUAAUAAGAUGGAUAACUUUUUAAUAUGAUAAUUACUAAGAUGGA